CACCAAUGGGCUGUCACUUUCAAGGCUAGCAAGCUAGCAGGCUAGUAGCUGCUCCACUCCAGGGGGGGGGGGAUCUAGAGCUGGUGUGGUUUAACACGACGUCGCUGGGUGUCUGGAGGUUAGUGAGUGUGCUACUUAUGGCCAGUGUCCGAGUGUUGUUAGCGUGAGCCGGAUACAUCUCACUGUAAAACAAGGGUCAGAGCUAAAGUCUGAACACGUUGUGUGGCCGCUCGUCUUUGUCAGAUAAAGUGUUGGUAAGUGGGUCGCUCGGUCAGGAAAAGCUGUCUGGGCCCUCUCAGCCUCGCUGAUCUCCUUUGCAGGAUGCCGUGCCACAACCAGCCAAUGAACAGUGUCACCAGUGGCCAGGACCACCCGGUGAAGCAGGUCCGGUUCGCUAACAACAACAACAACAGCAACAGCAGCAGCAGUGUCCCCGCGGUGCCGAGCGGCGCUGAGCCCGGCGAUGUCACCGAACCGCACAGUCAGGAAAACCUGGGACCUCAGCUCAAACUGCUCCCUCUCAACGACCAGAUCCGAGAAUUACAGACAAUAAUCAGAGACAAGACAACCAGCAGAGGAGAUUUCGUGUUUUGUGCCGACCGUCUGAUCAGACUGGUAGUUGAAGAGGGCUUGAAUCAGCUCCCCUACUCAGAGUGCACUGUGACCACACCCACAGGGUACAAGUAUGAAGGUGUCAAGUUUGAAAGAGGCAACUGUGGAGUCAGCAUAAUGAGGAGUGGUGAGGCCAUGGAGCAGGGUCUUCGGGACUGCUGCCGCUCCAUCCGCAUUGGCAAGAUCCUCAUCCAGAGCGAUGAAGAGACACAGAAAGCCAAGGUCUACUAUGCCAAGUUCCCACCAGAUGUGUACAGAAGAAAGGUGCUGCUCAUGUAUCCCAUUCUCAGUACAGGGAACACGGUGAUUGAAGCAGUGAGGGUGUUGAUAGAGCAUGGAGUUCAGCCCAGACACAUUAUCCUCCUCAGCCUCUUCUCCACACCUCAUGGAGCCAAAUCUAUAAUCCAGGAGUUCCCAGACAUCACCAUUUUGACCACAGAGGUUCAUCAAGUGGCUCCGACACAUUUUGGGCAGCGGUAUUUUGGCACCGACUAAACCUGAGGAACAUGGUCAGCGACCGGUUUUGACAUCUAUUCAAAUAUUCCCCGUGUUCUCCUCGUUGUGCCAAAUACUGCAACGUGAUCUUCAAAGUUCCCAGAUUGAUACAAAAUUGAUAGCGAUUGUAUUUAUUUUGCUUGUUUUUUUGCGGUGUAUACUCAUGAUUAAAAAAGAAAAAUACAUUUCAACUUGGAUCAUUUUAUUUUGCAUGUUACAACAAGUGAUGGAUCAAUAAAGAAUUUAUAUUUGUUAACGGAACAGAAAAAGAAUCAGUGUCAGUAUUUCUGGUGAUUCAGGUGUUUAAAAGGGGAAGUACCACAUUCACAUACUCCAAAGACAAUUCAAAAAGGGACCAGGUGUGCUUAAGCAAUACUGACGUUUGCAUAAUGGAAAUAAUGUUAUCAUUUUGUUUUUGAUAAAUAUCGUACUAUCAGAUUAAAGCACAUUGCUUAAAAGUAUCAAUUGAUAGAGCAAAAUAAACAGACACCGCCCGCAGCAGUUCAGAAUCAAUAAACAGGAAAAAAAAACUGAACAUUAGAACAAUAAAUAGACACAAGACGACAUGAAGCACUCAACAGCCACAUCCUAAUGUUUUACACAUGCACAGAAUGACAAACAGUUUUACUCAAUCUAUUUCUCAGACAUGAGCAGCAUUUCAUUUGGCUUACCCAGCACAGUUAAAGAUUAAAAAUCAAACAGCAUCAAGGUUUGAUAAAGGCCCGACUCACUCACUUACAGAAAUGGUUGUCAACCGAGUACAGUGGUCAUGUCCAUGAGCCCAAUGGCCUUGAUGAGAAGAAUCUGUUACAACGGUAUUAAAUAUUCCAAAUAGAUAAACACAGGGAGUAAAAAAGAAAACAGAACAUCACUGACCUCUGCCAGCCAGUGGAUGAGUGUCAGUUAUCAUUUAUAUAUGUACAGUAAACUGCAUGUUUAAAAAGAUUAAAAUU